AAGUUCCACCAUCUUCAUGUUGAUGAGAAAGUCAAUGCACUUAAAAACUCAAUCACGAUCAAAAAUAAGAUUUAAAGAUCGAUGUGAUUUAACUCAAUCGAUUGAUUUGACAACAGUUAACCGCAAAAAACCUCUCCUCUAGUCCAUCUAGUGCAACACGUGACCACAUCAGUUUUGAUUCAUCAGUGAGUUUUGUCUUCUUUUGCAGUCGAAUCGACUUUUUUUUCCUGCACUUGUGACAAACGGGUCUUUUUCCGGACUCGUGAUGGACAUCUGAGGCGAUUUGAGCUGAUUGUGUUUGGUCGCCACGUUGUUGCCUUUACAAGCACGUGUUCAUCAAUAACGCCGCUGCGCGUGCGUGCACGGGUCUCUCCCAGGCACGAGAUCGGAGGAGACCCGCACAGACCCGCAGAGUCCCGCAGAGUCCCGCACAGGAGACCCGCACAGCAGACAUGGAGUUCGAGGAGUCCGGCAUCGGGGAGGAGUGCGGUGUGUUCGGGUGCGUCGCGGCCGGAGACUGGCCCACCCAGCUGGAGGUGGCCCAGGUGCUCACCCUGGGUCUGGUGGCGCUACAGCACAGGGGACAGGAAAGUGCCGGGGUUGUCACAAGCAAUGGAGCAGACCCACCUACAUACUUAAGCCACAAGGGCAUGGGAUUAGUGAACACUGCCUUCCCAGCCGAGGCGCUCCUGAAACUGCGCAACGGUAACCUGGGCAUUUGCCACACGCGCUACUCCACCACGGGCAUCUCCGAGCUGCAGAACUGCCAGCCCUUCGUGGUGGACACGCUGCACGGCCAGAUCGCCGUGGCGCACAACGGAGAGCUGGUUAACGCCCGCGCCUUGCGGAAAAAGGUCAUGCGGCACGGCGUUGGCCUCUCUACAGGCUCAGACAGCGAGCUCAUUACCCAACUCCUGGCUUUUACUCCACCCAUGGAGGAGCUUGACACGCCCGACUGGGUUGCCAGAAUUAAAAACCUCAUGACGGAAACGCCUACAUCAUACUCACUCCUGGUCAUGUUCAAAGACGUCAUCUACGCGAUGCGUGACCCCUACGGGAAUCGGCCCCUCUGCAUUGGGCGGGUGGUUCCCAUCUCCAAGCUUCACAGCGCAGGUGCGGGAGAGGAAGACACCGAGGGGUGGGUGGUGUCGUCAGAGUCCUGCAGCUUCCAGUCCAUCGGCGCCAAGUAUUACAGAGAAGUGUUACCGGGAGAGAUCGUCCAGCUAUCCAGACACGGAGUCCGGUCUCUGAGCGUUUUCCCUCGCCCCGAAGGAGACCUCCCUGCUUUCUGCAUUUUUGAAUACGUUUACUUUGCCAGACCAGACUCUGUUUUUGAGGGACAGAUGGUGUAUACGGUGAGGCAGCGCUGUGGGCGGCAGCUGGCCAUCGAGGCCCCGACCGAUGCAGAUGUGGUCAGCACCGUGCCGGAGUCCGCCACCCCCGCCGCUCUGGGAUACGCCCAGCAGUCGGGUCUUCCAUACAUGGAGGUUCUGUGCAAGAACCGCUAUGUCGGGAGAACCUUUAUUCAGCCAAACACCCGCUUGAGGCAGCUGGGAGUGGCCAAGAAGUUUGGGGUGUUGUCCGACAACUUCGCCGGGAAAAGGGUGGUGAUAAUCGAUGACUCCAUCGUCAGAGGGAACACCAUCUCCCCCAUCAUCAAACUGCUCCGGGAAGCUGGCGCAAAAGAGGUCCACAUCAGGGUGGCGUCUCCACCCAUCAAGUUUCCUUGCUACAUGGGCAUCAAUAUUCCUACAAAGGAGGAGCUCAUCGCCAACAAGCCCGAGUUUAAGGACAUUGCUGGUUACAUCGGUGCCGACAGCGUGGAGUACCUAAGCGUGGAGGGCCUGGUAUCGGCCGUCCAGGAGGGGAUCGCCUCUCUCAAAAAGAUCAGCUCCAGCAACAACCCCAGCGAGGGAGUGGGCCACUGCACCGCCUGCCUGACCGGGAAGUACCCGGUGGAGCUGGAGUGGUAGCGGCUCGGCCAGCAUCACGGCACAAAACAGCUUCGUGGAAGAAGUCCAACUUUUCCCAGGGAAGGGGAAGACGUAUUAAUGUCUUAGCACCAUUUUCCGGGACACUCGAGUCAUUGCUCUGCUCAGAACCAGUGGUUGAAGGAUGCAGCUUCUCAACUCUCGUAGCUGAGCCGUAUAGCACUGUACGGUGGGAGGUUUUUGUUUUCAAACAUGCUGUCAUAAGUGGAUGGUGUGAUUUGCGGGGGCACUUUUCUCAGCACACCUAUUUUGUUAUGUCUUCAUAGGGUUGCAAUCUAUGAAUUUUCAGGAAAAAAAAAGUCUUCACCUUGUCCAAGUCUUUACAAACAGGAGUAUUAAGUACAAUGUGUAAUGUCUAAAAUGCCUCCUGCAAGUGACCAAAACGUGAAACUACAUUUAUUUUCCUUAUGUACUUAAAAAUAACCACUCUUGUAUUGAGUCUGUUCAUCUUUUUAUUUUCUAACCUUUUUAAAACACUGAAUAAACAAAUGUAUUGCAAUUGA